GAAAAAUAUGUGUCAUUUUUACUUCCUUGUUAAAGGAAAAAAUUCUCUUGAUACAUGAAUUUUGGACUUGGUUUUAACUUAUUCUCAAUUGCAGGAGAUGUUAUUAAGUACUGUCAUAUGGGCAUAAUCUCUUCGAGGUUUAAGUGGUUCUUAAGUUUUAGAAAGAGUCCUGAUGUCUAUAAAAGGGAGUUGGAAGAAAUCAACAAGGCAAUACUUCAAUUGGAAAAGAACAAAAUUGCUCUUAUACAUCAAUAUCACUUGAUUAUAGAAUUCAUAGUAUCAUAUUCAAGGCUUCUCUAUUUACUGGUUGUUAUUGUCUUUUUCUUUUCUGCAUUACCUUCUACUCCAGUUGAGUGCUUUUUAUUUUGUGGGCCAUUAGUUGUGUUUUAUAUUUUAAUAUAUGUUUUGAAAAGAAUAUUGAAGAUGUAUUUUGAUGAUGAAGUCAGAAGGCUUAACUUGGAACUUACCAAAUUAUAUGCUCGUAAAAAGAUCUUAAUUUCUGAAGUUAAAGAUAAAGUAAAGUAUUAUGAUGCUAGAGAUAUUAUAGAAAACUGCGUUGCCAUAAAAGAGAGUGGAAAAAACCUGGACAACAAUGUGGAAGUUUAUCCGACUGAAAGGAGGCACUCCAUGCUUAAUGAUGUUGUCAAAUAUGUUUUUAAAGAAGAAAAAAAGAACUCUUUGAUUUGCAAAUACUGCUGGUGUCAUAAUGGAAUGGCUUUAGAGGAGGAGUUUAAAUCACUGAGUUUCCGAUGUUGUCAGUGCUUCAAACUUAACAAGUCUGAAAAAUGCAGCUUUGACACUGUAAAUGAGAAUUAGAUUAGCAUGCAUGACAAGGAAAUAAGAGUAUUGUUGCUUUAUGAAAUGUCUCCAUUCUUAAUUUUUCCAUAUUGAGCCUCAUCUACAAAAAUGUUUUAAUUGCAUGUUUAAUAAUGAUGAUGAUCAAUUUAUUCUAUGUUCAGUCUUGUUUCAAGUCGAUCCUGAAUUUUGUAAUUAUUUACAGUCUUUACUUUCAUUUACUAUACAAUAGUUAUAUUUCAUACAUCAAUGUAACAUGCAUAUUUCAGUACAAUAGUUUUAUAGCUUAUGAAGUACACCUCUUUUUCCACGACUCUUUUUUAUUCAUGAAACAUCUUUUCUCCAACAGUUAAGUAAGGUUUGUUUCAAAAGAAAUUCCCUUUGUGAUAUUUUUUUAUUUCGAAACUAAUUGUGUAAUAUGUUGUUUUUCUCAUGUUAGUGAUGUUUAUUAUUAAUUAAAUAUUGUUUAUGUUUUACUUGAAAGUUUUUAUUGUUUCAUUUGUUUGUUAAAUUUAUUGAGGUGAUGGUAAUCUUGAAAGUGUUUUAUUUAUGUUAUCUUUUGUGUAUGGUACAUUUAAUGACUGUUAGUUACAAAUUUGUGUUAUGUUUUUGAAAUUGUUCAUUGUUAUACAGUAUUAAUAUGUAAACAAAGAAAAAAAUUGACUGAAAAAGUUUGCGAUUUUAAUUUGUAUGUUGCCAUGGUGCUACAUACUUCCAAAUUUACUACUUAUUAAUAAUUAUGAAAUGUUUCAAAUUAAUAUGUGUUAUUUCUUACAGUAGUCUCUAAAUACUGUUUGAAACUUAAAAUGUGAAUCAUUUUUUAUGAAACUAGUUGCAAUGACUUUUUAUAUUCAUAAUUCUCAUUGAUUAUGAUAAUAUUUUUUACUCAACAAAAGUCCUAUUUUUGUAUGAACUUUUAAACUGCAGUUUUAUUUACAGAUAUGAAAGGAAAUUACCAGAAAUAUUUUUAUUCAGUUAAGUAAUAAUUAUGGCAUCGUAACUUCAAAUAUCUUAAAUAAUUUCAGUGCCAAAAACAAAGUUUUGCAGAAAAUAUUUCACUUCAAAGUUUUUCCUUACCUUUGAGGAAGUGUUUCAUAUUCUUUUGCAGUAAGAUAUUGUUUUUUGUCGAAGUCUUUUAUAGAAGGCUUAUAUUUGUAAAACCCGAUGACAAGAUUUAAUUGCAAUUACAUUCACAAAGAUAUGUUUGAUGCUCCCUUUUGCAGUUUCAUGCUAAAUUUCAAAAUAUUUGUAUCAUAAUAUUUUUAAGUUCAAAUUUACUUGUUGCAUAGUUCUAAAAUUUUAAUUUCAAAAUAUAUUUAAAUUUGGGUUCGAAAUUAAUACAGCAUUUACAUGGUUGUGUAUCUAGAACUAUGUAUCAUUAAUGUCUGCCAUAAUUUGUGAUGAAUAGAAACACAUCCAUACAUAAAUAUUUUAAUGCAGCUCAAUGAAUUAUCAUUCUAUUUUCUUUUUUAUUAAGGAAUGAGUGCAUACUUAGCAUUUUUUACUUACUUAAUAAUGAUAAUUAUAGUUUUUUGUAUAUUUUUGUUUUUCAUCUCUUGUCAUUGAUAUGAAUAAAACAAAAAUCUAUAUGAAAUGGUUAUCAAAACACCACAUUUUAUCAAAAUUAUACCAUUUCAUCAAAUAUUAGCUGUACCAUACAAUCAAGCGUAUUCUACAGAUAGAGAUGGUUUUGUAGUAACGUCAUAAACUGCAGAAAAUACUAAAAGGCUGACUGCAUGCUAUAUUUUAUGUAUGACAUUUUAAACUAGAAUUUUACUAAGAGAAACUAUAUUAAUAUUGCUUAACUUUUAUAAAUUUGAGACAUGAAAUUGAUUCAUAUUUUAGAAUUUUGAAAAUUUAUUAAAAUGAGAAUCAAUACUUGAAAAAACAAACUAUUAUGUCUUAGCAAUUUUUGUCGGAUGUGCUUUGAGAACUAAGUCACAACACUUUACAGAUAUUGCAUCAUUUUCAAUCCUGCUAUUGCCUACGUGUGCAUGGCUAAAGUAUUGGUAUUAAUGGCUUGGUAUUAAUGGUAUACUGCUGUUUUGGACCAGCUGUUCAUCCCUUGAGUGUGUCGAUAAAAUGAGUAGCAAGCGUGUUCGGCUGAUCACUUAACCGGAACAUCUGCCUAGCACCCCAAAGCCCUUGGUCAACCCCUUGGUCCGCAAAGUCCUUGUUGAGAUAGGCGCAGUAGGCUUUGGCCCUUAUGGCCUGUCAUGCCACUGGGUUUGAUUUGUUUUAGACGAUAUUCUCAGAGUAUGCCAUCAAAAUAGACCUUAAAAUAUUAUACAUUUAUCUGACACAUUAAAAGGAGUGUUAUUCUUUAGUUUGCUGAUUUUUUCUUUUUAUACAUCUGUUGUUUCAAUGUAUGAUUCAUUUUUUCACUAUAUCUACUUACAUUACUUGUGACAAAUAUUUAAUGGUAUGACACAUCAAAAACAUCCAUUCUUAUGUUAAAGUGUUAUAUUUUGUUACUUAUAUUUGACAGAUACAGUCGACUCCCGCUACAACGCGAUCCGACUUACACGAAAUGGCUAUAACGUGAUUUUUUUUUUCACCAGUAAAGAAUUUCCAUAACGCGAUCUCCUCGCUCGCAACACAAAAAUUUUUGGAAGGGAAUCGCGGUGUGUAGGCAGGGACGUAGCUAAGGGGGGGUUUUGGGGACAAAACCCCCCCCGAAACGUUAGUCUCAAAAAAAAAAGAGAAAAAGAAGAGAGAUGAGAAAGAAAAAAAAAUGAAAAGGAAA